AGGUAAGAACUAAGAAGUUAUCUUUUAAUUUCCCUUUCUGAUUUGAUCUCAGAACACCGACACCUAUACCUCACUCUCUCCCUCCGCCGCCGCCGUUCUUCUCUCCGGAGGAGACGCUACCUUUCAGAUCUCAGUCACCAUCACAGGAAUCCAAUUCAUUUACUGUGCGUUCCAAUUCAACUCUUCAGCUUCACUCACUCAGUCUCUUUCAUUUUCUCACUACAUCAAAAAGCUUUGAUUCCUUUGGCUUUCUUUCAGUCAGUAGCGUCAGGUUUUGAUUUGAACUUUGAAAACCUGCUGCUUUGCCAGACAACCAGAUCUUGCAUCACACACCAACAUGGGAAGCCAUGACAACGCAUUGGCAUCAAACUCAUUUCUAGCUGACAAAUCUGCUAAAGUUUUUGUCGCUGGUCACCGGGGUCUUGUUGGUGCAGCCAUUGUUCGCAAGCUGACACAACUUGGGUUCACUAAUCUCGUCUUACGUUCCCAUGCUGAGCUCGAUCUCACUCGCCAAUAUGAUGUUGAAGCCUUCUUUGCCUCCAAAAAGCCUGAAUAUGUUAUUGUAGCUGCAGCAAAAGUCGGUGGUAUCCAUGCUAACAACACCUACCCUGCUGAUUUCAUUAGCAUAAACCUCCAGAUCCAGACCAAUGUCAUUGAUUCCGCUUAUCGUAAUGGCACUAAGAAGUUACUGUUCUUGGGUUCCUCUUGCAUAUACCCGAAGUUUGCACCUCAACCAAUCCCAGAAGAUGCUUUGCUUACUGGUCCCUUAGAGCCCACGAAUGAGUGGUAUGCGAUUGCUAAGAUUGCUGGGAUUAAAAUGUGCCAGCUUAAUGGGCCUUACGACAAUUUUCAUCCGGAGAAUUCACAUGUUUUGCCUGCUUUGAUGCGAAGGUUUAAUGAGGCAAAGAUCAACGGUGCCAAGGAGGUUGUAGUGUGGGGCACUGGAAGUCCAUUGAGGGAGUUCUUGCAUGUUGAUGAUUUAGCUGAUGCGGUUGUUUUCAUGAUGGAGAAGUAUAGUGGACUAGAGCAUUUGAAUGUAGGGAGUGGGAAAGAGGUUACUAUUAAGGAAUUGGCUGAGCUGAUGAAGGAAGUGGUCGGAUUCGAGGGAGCUCUUGUUUGGGAUACUUCAAAGCCUGAUGGGACUCCAAGAAAGUUGAUGGACAGCUCGAAACUUGCUGGCAUUGGUUGGACACCGAAAAUAUCCCUUAAGGAUGGUCUUGUUGAUACAUACAGAUGGUACUUGGAGAACUACAAGCUAUGAUUCAGCUGUUCAAACAGAAUGUGCCAUAUUUCCUUCUUAGGUACUCGUGAUUUGAGCAUGAAGAAUUCUUCAUAAAACAUUAUACAAAGAGGAGUAUAUCAUCAAUUUUUAUGUACCAAUUAUGUGCAAUGAAAACUGUGGUUUUCUCUAGAGAUCAAACAAUUAAAUCUAUUUUAAAAUUUGUGUUAUCAUGAUCUUAUAGCAGGUGCUCAUUCAAGAGUUUCUUGAUUGCCUUGAGUGAGUUUGAAAAUUUCUUGAUCACGUGUGUGAAUCUGCUAUACAUUGUAAUACUUCAACGCCUUCUUGUAUGCAUUCUUGUUAUCCAUUCACAGCAGACAAUAAAAUUUUAGAAAUUUGUGUCUCC